AUGCCUCUCUCACAAUUGGCACACUGGCUUUUAAAUAGGGAAAAGUAUGGUUCAGAUUAUCACCAAUUAGAAACUUUGCAGCAAGAAGGAAGAAAAAAAGCCGAUAAUAAUUGGAAAGAUAAAAGGGACAAGGAAUACCAACGAAGGAAAAUUUGUCGUUAUUGUGUUCGAGAAUUUCCGUGGGAUAAAAAUUUAGACUUUUUACCAGCCAAGCAAAAGGCCGAAAGAGAGUUAGAAAAUCACGAGCACAUUUGUCCAAAAAAAAAUGAUAAAUCCGGUCGACAAAAAUUAAAGCAAGAAAAAUGA